CAUUAAAAGGUUGUCAUUCAAACUGCAGAAAAGAGAGAAGAGAAAAGAAGACGAGAAAAAGAAAAAAGCCUGGAUAAAGGAAGAGCGGCAGAAAACUCUGGAGAGGCUGAAAUCAUUCAAGGAGAAAUGUCCUGCACAGUUUGUGCUGAAGACUUCCCGCUCUCAGCCCGUCAACUCCAAGCAGGCUGGACCGAGACGACCGCCAACUGUUCCUCCACAAGCUGGUCCAACAAGAAAAGGUCCAGCUGCCAAGCAAUCCAGGAAUGCCCAUCCGACACAAGUCAGGACUUCCAAAGCAUCGUCACAGAAGCCUCCCAGAGAUCUUCCCAUCCAGAUUUUUGCACCGCCGCAUGGGCCGGAACCUCCUAAGGAAGCCAUGGGAGCACCACUAUCUGUGCCCCCACCUCCACCUCCUCUUCCACCCCCACCUCCACCUCUACCACCAAGUGUCCAGACUGUUUGCCUAAAAAGCGCAGGAGCCCAAGAUAAACCAGGGGCUCUUGUGUGUGAAGGCUCAGCUAAAGGAAGUUCUUCCUUGGAGAAAGCAGAUGCUGCGUCCAGAUGCCCAACCAAGAAUUACACAGGGUCCAUGGAUGAGGUCUUGGCUUCCCUCAAGCGUGGGGAAGUCCUCCUUCGCAAAGUGGAGCUGACCCAACAGGCGCCCUCCGGUGGCAACUCCCUCAACGACAGCAUUCUCGCCGCCAUUAGGCAGGGGGUUAAACUACGCAAGGUCAGUCAAGAGCCCAAGGAAGGCUCCGCGAAGAGUUCGGGCAGCGAACUGGAGCAGAGCAUCAAGGCAGCCAUCCAGCGGAUUAAGAAGGUCUCGGCCGACUCCGACGAUGAUGAAAACGGAGACUUCAGCAAUGAAGAAUGGAACAGUUAACAGAACCCUUGGCCGGAAGCUCAUGAGGCAUUGCGUGAGAAGGCAGCUAAGCGUACAGAAGUGCCAAACAGGAAGAGUGGUCUGGACCCCAACAGGUUGGCUGACGUCUUACAUGAAUCGGGCAUCCCAGAAUUGUUAGCAACACUCUGGCGUUUAGGGGCAGCUGAAGAAGUGUGGGAGACACCCCUUGAUCGACGUCAGAAGUUUCCAAGGGGUUGAGUAAAUUUAAGACAAGUCCUUUACUGACAUCGAGUUUUAUGCUUUGAAGUUUGCACAUUUUCUUUCCUUCUCUUUUUGCAAAGGAAUCGGCACUCCUUAGAGCAGGGGUCCUCAACCUGAGUGGGGCUGCGGCCCACUAGUGAGCCAGGUGGAGUUUGCAACUGGGCUGCAGAAACAGGUGGCAAGCACAUGUGCGCGCACCCGUAUCGCUUGCAUGAGCAGUGGGUGAGCUCAUGCGUGCAUGCAUAUAUGGUAAUAUAUGUGGGAGGCAUUGGGUGCCCUUGUCAACCACAAGGACAAUAUGAGCCAGCAGUGGGAUCAUCAUCAUCAUCAUCAUCAUCAUCAUCAUCAUCAUCAUCAUCAUUUAACGACCCCAUAAAUCCCUUGCGGUUGGGCAAGUGAAUGGAGCUAGCAGUGUGUUUACUGGCCAGAUGCCCUUCCUGUUGCCAAGGCAGAGUUUUGUCCAGCAGAUAUAUUCUCCGUGUGCCCAGAGAGAGAAAUAGCUUCCUUUACCUAGGAUCUGCAUCCGUAAAAAAGAACGGAUUUGUCUCCGCACAAAGUUCAGAUCAUGAAAAAUAAUAGCUCAGAGGAGAGUGAUUGAGAGGAUGGGUUCUAGGACCCUCUGGGGUUGCCGAGAGCAAGGCCUCCUGAGCUGGGCGAUGUACCUGGAUGUCACCACACCUGGGAGUCGUGCUGAAGUGCCUACACAUUAUACGUGACAGCCUCAAUGAAGGAACAGGGUCUUAUUUGCAUCAGGCUUAUUGCACUUGCCAGAUUCCAUUUUCAUUACCUUCACUGCUAUCCCACUGACUAGGAAUAUUGGCUGAGAUAAGAAAGGAUGUAUUAAUUUAAUUUAAUGCUUUGUCUGCCGUGGCCAGAGUCUUAAACGAGAUGUGUCCAAAAUGAACUUCAACUUCACUCCAUGUCAGAAAAGAUGGCAGGCCUCAUCUCUUUGGCCGUGGGUCACAUUUCUGUAUAUUUCUUGUGGCCCCACCGAUGUGCCCAAACAUGAAAUCUCUUUUAUUUGGUGAAAUAUGUUCUUGGAUGUUCCAAAGACGAUUGGGUCGGGACUUUUCUAAGGGAUCUCUGGUUUUCCAUCUGUGCGCAAUGCCGGUAUUAACUUAUACCAGAAGGCUUAAAAUGGAUUCUUAAUCCUUUUUAAAUUAGCAGUAUUUCUAACGCACCCCAAAAGCCAAGGAUUGUACAACUAACCGUUUUCCAACUGAGUGUUAUAACACAGGUCUGUUUGUAUCAGAGGUGGGUUCCUGUCAGUGCUAAUCUCUUCUAUAGAAGAAGUUCCACA